AUGGAUGGAGCUCUCAUUGGCGAAGUCGACCAGUACAGCCUUGACACUGCUCGUCCUCACGAGCACAUUCUCUACUGGGAUUGCCCUGUCGCUGGCAGGCAUACUUUAAGAGGAUCGGUCCGCAGCAAGAGGCUUGAGUCCCACAACUAUUGGAUCUGCUUGCGGGAGAUUAAGCUGCGGCCGACGCCGACUCGGCGUACCCUGGCGCUGCUCCUUCAGGGAGCUUGGCUUGGAGACGAGCUGGAAGUUCAGUGCAAGGGGAUGGCAGGACACGACAUUGCUGUUUUCCUUUGCAAUCGCAACUCCACUGUUGGGCAGCUGCGAGAGAAAGCACUGGAAACGCUGGACUUCGCAUGGCAGAUUGCGUUGAUGCUGCCCCACAGUGGGCUUCUGGAUGCAGAAGAUGACCCUGAACUCUUAGUGUCCGUCCUUGGACUCGCAUGGGAGUAA